UAGGCAAUACAAAACUCUCCCUCCCCUCCUUCUCAUUACCAGUUCUCAUUUGCAUAUACAUACAAAAUCACCUGCUCCAUUCAAUCCCAACAUCAAGUUUAUGGUGAGAAAGAGGAAGGUAAUUACCAUUUUGUAAUUAGGAUUACCUUUCCUCUUUCUCCUUAAUUUUUUUUCUUUCUUUCUCGGUGCCUUUCAUAACAUUCUUCAUAAUUCACAUACAACUUAUAAGUCAUGUUUAUUUCCAUGAGGAAACUGUGUCCAAAUUAUGAUAAGGAAGAUGGGCUUGAUACCGUGCUGGAGGUUCCUAUACCUGAGGAAAUGUUCACCAACAUGGGCAGCAAUGGCGCGCUGCGUUGGCAAAAUUUGCGUGCUUUGAUGAGAGCUCAAGGUGUAGAUAAAUCAACACAUCUUGCGGCUGCAUCAAACAAUGAAUUUAUGGCAUUGCUAAAGCUUGUUGGUACUCCUCUCAUCCCUUUUCAAGUCCAACCAGACCAACCGUUAACCCGCCCCAUCAAAGAUUGUUCGAUUGAAGCUUCUACAGCGAAAUAUAUAGUACAACAGUAUGUAGCCGCUACUGGGGGACAAGCAGCAUUAAAUUCAGUGAAAAGCAUGUAUGCAGUGGGACAAGUGAAGAUGGUUGGGUCGGAAAUGCACCAAGGUGAUGUUAGUUUGCAUACCAAAGGCAAUUGUGAGGUUGGUGGAUUCGUUUUAUGGCAAAAGAACCCGGAUUUGUGGUAUUUGGAAUUGGUUGUUUCUGGUUUCAAGGUCAGUGCAGGUAGUGAUGGCAAGGUAGCUUGGAAUCAGUCUUCUUCUCAACCUUCUCAUGCUAAUAAAGGUCCUCCAAGGCCUCUGCGCAGGUUCUUCCAGGGAUUGGACCCCAGGUGUACAGCUAACUUGUUCCUAGAUGCAGUGUGCAUUGGAGAGAAAACCAUAAAUGAUGAAGACUGUUUCAUACUCAAGCUCGAGACUGCUCCACUUCUCCUCAAAGCACAAUGUACACCCAACACUGAAAUUGUCCACCACACAGUUUGGGGCUAUUUCAGCCAACGUACAGGACUCCUUGUCCAAUUCGAGGACACAAAGCUAGUAAGAAUGAAGUCCAUUAAAGGAAAUGAUAGUGUGUUUUGGGAAACAAGCAUGGAAUCGAUGAUCCAAGAUUAUAGAUACAUUGAUGGGAUUAAUAUAGCUCAUGGUGGUAGAACUAAUACCACGUUGUAUAGGUAUGGAGAGGCGUUUCAUCACAGGCGGAAGAUUGAGGAGUCCUGGAGAAUCGAAGAGGUUGAUUUUAAUAUUUGUGGUUUGUCCAUGGAUUGCUUUUUGCCUCCUUCUGACCUUAAGAGAGAACAAGAUGGAGAACAAGGAGUUUGAUUUGUUUUGCUAUAACAACUUAACGAGAAUAUAAGUACAAGAAAAAAAGCUUGACGUACAAAAUUGCAUGUACAUAUAGGUGAAUUGGAAAUUUUUUGUCUUUUGUCGGUUUUUUUUUUUCACUUUUGAAUUGUUUUGGUUUUGUAACUCCAGUUAGUGAGGAAUUGAGGAUCAAGCUUUAGGAGACUUGAUAAAUAUGAAACCAGAUAGAAGUAUAGAACUUGAA